AUGUCUCAAUCAAACGUCGGAUAUCCUUCUUUGUAUGAAGACGGAGAUCAGCGCCACUAUAGCAAGGAGGAAGUGCGUGAGGAGAAUCGCACGCACCCCAACGUCAAUACCGAGGGCUACCUACAUAAAGAGGGAAUAAUGAAUGAGCUCCGCGAGGCCGACGCCACCAUGCACGGCAACAAGCCCUCUCGCGGUGCCGAAAUCGACGCUGAGCUCGCACGGGAGGAUGCAGAGCGGGUUGAAAAGAAGAAGGGUAAGACUGACAGCAUGCCUGGAAAGAAAAUGGAACACAACACCAGCAAGAGCGAGUGGAAGCAGCAGAUGGAUCGGGAAGAGCAGGAGGCUCUCGCUAAGCAUAGCAAUCGUUGA